CUUCUUCUGAUCAGCAUAUCUGCAGUUUCGGAGCUAAAUCCAAAGGCGGAGAAAGGAAGGUCGAAGUAUGUUGCACUGGACAUAAAUAGCCUUUAUAAGGGAAAAAGUCUAGAAAACCCUAAAGCUACUAUACAACCCAAGCAUGGAUUACAAUCACUGGGGAAAGUCGGCACUGGGCGCCGUAUGCCUCCUCCUGCUAAUUUACCAAGUUUAAAAAGUGAAAACAGUGGUAAUAAUCCAAAUAUAAGCCUAGUUCCAAGUGGAGGUCAAGGAUGGGGCAGUACCACCAAAGAAAAAGGGAAAACAGAAGAGACCAAUGGAAAUCAGCAGCAAUCACCGCAAUCGCAGCCAGCCUCUUCACUAUCACAAACUACACAGAAAACAAGUACAACAAGCACAGUUGCAACAUCUGGAGUAAACAAAACAUGGAGCAGUGUCACAUCAAACCAAGAGGAUGGUGGUCAAGAACGGAACUUCUUGGGCCAGCAGUCGCCAUUUUUUCCUCAGGAAUUCCCCAAGUUAGCUGGUGGAGAUGCACCAACCGAAGGCAACCAGAAAUCAAAUGUAGAUACUCAGUAUGGACCAGGACCAAGUCUAAGACCACAAACCGAAGGAAGCUGGGGUCGAGGCACAUUGCAGCAGCAGCCUCCUGCUGGAUCGGCAGGCGGCCAGCAACAGAGCAGUGGCAGUGGCGUGAACGGCUCGCAAGCGACCUCAGAAACCCAACCAUUAUCUUCUCAGACACAUAUGCGAGAUCAGCGACAGUAUUCCACAUCUCGAGGUGGCCCUAUAACAAGUGGCAACAUUGGAAGCGUCACUUCAGGGUCAACGCCUUCUGGACCACCAAUGGGACCAGUACCUCCACUUGGACACGGUCCUGGCAUGGGUGGGCAGAUGGGACCUGGGUCCGCCCUCCACCCACCUCCACAGUUCAGAGGAAUGAUGCCUUCAUUCAUGUUUGGAAGAAAUACAUAUUCCUCUGGGUAUCCAUCUAACUACACUAAUGUUCCUCCACCACCUCAGCAGAAUGCCCGGCCACCUUACCCAUAUUCAGAGAAUAGUAGGCGACCACAACCAGUUCGUCCUCUUGCAGAAGAAGAAGCCUAUCAGCGUCCUGCAGCUAUAAUUACUGAAAAAGCUUUAAAAGGUUUUGAUGAGAUUCUACAGAAUGAUACUCAAGAUACUUGGGCUACAUCACAUGGAGAAAUUGAUUACAAUGCAAAAUUAGUUUUUAGUGAUGAUGAAGAGUCUCCUGUCAACCAGAAAAAAGAGAAAAGUAAUACUUUCUUUCACAGCAGAGAAACAGAUGAAAAAUCUACAAAAGCUACCAGUAAUGUAAAAAGUGACAAAGAUAGGGACAGAAAACCAGAGAGAGAACGUAGCCUUUCAGACCGUGAACGGGAAAGCAGACCUCCUCGUGAAUCUGAUUGGUCGAGAGAGAGUAGAUCUGAUAAAAAGAAUGAGCAAGAAAAUGACUGGAGUGUAGAACGAGGGGAUGGAUUUGAUCGUGACAGAGACGAAAGGUGGAAAUCUUGGACUCAACCUCCUCAGGGUAGGUCUCCUUCCAUUGGUGGUAUGGAAAUGCAGCGACAGUGGCAACCUUCUCAACAGCCUCCCCAGAGGCCUUUCGACUACAGGGGUCCACCACCACAGCCUCCAGGGUCGGCCUAUGCCUCACCUCAUACGAGGAUAGCAGCUGGUCCAGUACCCCUAAUGCAACAUGGUAGCUAUCCUCCACCUAGGCCCGCUCGCCCUGGUCCACGUUCAUCUUCUGUUGCUGAUGAUGAUGAACUGUGGAGACAACGAAGAAAACAACAUACUGAAGAAAUGACCAUAACUGUGGAAAGGGCAAGACAGCGAAGAGCUGAAGAAGAGAAGCACUAUGAACAAAGUAAACAGAGUGCUCAGGAAAAAGCUAAAAGCUUUGAAAAAAGCGACAAGGAAAAAGAAAGUGUAGAUACUGAUGAACCAGACAGAUCAAGACAUAGCAGUGAAAGUAGGGAAGACAAACCACCUAGCCGUGAUGGCAGAGAGAGAGAACGUGAUAGAGAUAGAUCUCAACCCAAUUAUCAAGGAUACAAUUUUUCACGACAGUUUCAAAAAAAUGUUCCACCACGUUUUCAGAAGCAGGCUGCAGAAUACAUGAGGCAGCAGCAAACACAGCAGCCAAUUCCUUUGGUCUCACCUCAAAGUGGACAAGCCCAUUUUAUGCGUUCUCAGUCUGUUGGGCAGUCAUCUGGUUCCAGCUCAGGCUCUUUAUCUGUAUCUGCUGGUAAUAGUGGCCAUGGUGCUCCACCGCCUGCUCCCGUGUCUAUGGGUGUGAAUUAUGAUGCUGGAUGGGGAUCUCAUCCUUCAUAUGUUAAUCAAGUUUCAGGUAUGCCUCCUCCUGUUUCUAAAAGUGUUUCCAGGCAGCGAUCUAAUAGCCAGGAAUCGGGAACUGACAGUUAUGAAAGUGACAGUUGUGCUCCAGAAUCAAGUGCAGUGUAUGACAGAGAAGCAAGGGAAAACUAUUGGAAUCGUGAUAGACGACAGAAUGCGUCAGCAGGUUAUGAAAACUGGCAUUCACCUAGUUCAAAUGAUGGAUAUUAUGAUCAGAAGCUAGAAGGUAAUAAAAUUUAUGACCAGAGGCAUGAAUUUAAGAGAAGUGGAUCUGAUAAAGAUGAAAAGCCUUUUGAUACAUAUUCUAGAGAACCUGAAUAUAGAGAAAAAGAAUUUGACCUUCAAGAUUAUAGGUAUAAGGGUAGGGAUUCAUUUAAGGAAAGCCAUAAGCAAAAUGAGAGCAGAGAUAACAAAGAUAAAAUGUCAAAGUCUAACUCAUGGGCAAACACACGAGAAUAUGAAGAACGAAUGUCGGAUCCAUUUGAAGAGCCACAUGAAACCUGUAGAGAUAAACCAGUAAAGGAGAAGAUAGAUCGUUAUGAACGUACUGAAAAAGAAAGAUGGGAAAAAGAAAGACCACCUCGACCCGACAGCAGAGAUUCACGAGCAAGCCGAGACUCUGGCAAAGAUGAGAGGCAUACCACUGAAAGACACGAAACAAAUCCACAGCCUGAAAGGAAAGGGACAAAUUUAAGAGAUGACAAAAAGGAAAAAGCUGUUACCCUUGACUGGGGUGAUUCUCCUUAUCCUGUUGAACCUAAAAGACGAGAAUGGCAUCAUCAUCAUCCUCCUCCAAUAACACCAAAGCAGUUUGAAAGUAUUGGACCUCCUAAAAAGAAUUUAACACCAUUGCGAAGGUCAAAUGCUACUACCAGUUCUCAGAACAUUCCAGAAAAGAAAUCGGAAAUCAUUAAAGAUGAUGGCAGCAAUAAAAAGACUGAUGCAGACUCCAGUUCUAAGAAAGAAAAAGAAGCAAAGGAAGAGAAAAAUGAAAAAAUUAAAAGUGAAAGUGUUUCAAAAGAAAGUGAAAAGCAUUCUGAGAAAUUUGAUCAGCCACAUUUUGAAAAGCUAACUAAAUCUUACAUAAAGGAAAAUGUCAAAAAAGUAGAAAAUGACAAUAUUUCAGAUGUAACAAAAAAAGAAGUAUUGUUUCAGCAGAAGCAAGAUAAGUCCAAAGAUAAACAUGACCAUUCUUCCAGAAAUGAAGCAAAUAAAGAUAGACGCCGAGAUGGAAGGGAAAGAGCUGUUAACUCCCGUUCUAGAGGAGGAAGUGCAUCUGUAAGUAAUAAUCAGUCUGGUGGCAAUAACACUAGUGGACGUUACGAAUCAAAUCGAGGCCGUGGAGGCAGUGGUGGUAGGAGCAGUGCCUUUGGGAAUCCAGCUGUGCCAUCAAGUGGAUCUGUAAGUGGGUCAAAUACUUACAGGGGCAAACGAGAAUAUAGGCGGUCUAGGGUAGAGAGAGGUCCACGAUUUGAUCGCCAAAAAGAACGUGACAAAGAUAAAUUGAAAAUAGAUAAGAAGGAAAAACAUAGUGAUGAUACAUCCUGCUCGGAAGUUGAUGAUGGUAAACUUGGACAUUUACGACAGAAAGAUGAAGACAGUGAAGUAUCGGUUGAUGAAGCUAGUGCGUCAACUACAGAAAGUGCUCAGGCAGAAAAGUACCAGGGCUCAGAGAUAGCACAGGAAGAAGAAAAAACAUUUAUAAAUGACCAACCUAACUCUGUAAAGGAUAUAAAUGUUAAGAAUGAGAAAUAUAAGAAGGAAAAGAAAGACAGUUCUCGAAUUGAAACAAAAACGUAUGAUGAAAAACCCAAAGAUGAUAAAGGUGGCUUUGCACCUCGAGGGGAACCAUCAAGAAGAGGGCGAGGAGGUGGUACAUUAUCUUUCAGGAAUUCUAGAGGUGGAUCUAGACAUGGUCCAAGUAGCUAUGGUCCUCCUCCAUCAAGAGCAGGCUUUGGUGGUAAUAAACAGGAAAAACUAGAGGAACAAAAAAUCGUAGAAGAAAACUUUAAUGAAAACAGUCAGAGUGAUUUUAAACCUAGUAUGUCUACAAUAGAAAACAUUAACAAUGUGUUUCCAAAGGAUUCUAAUAAAUCACGUUCGCUAGAAAGACCACAACAGAGGAGACCUGGGAGAUUUGAUCAUUUACCACCUAGAUUUCAAAAAAGGAAUGAAAGGAGAUUUGAUAAAUUUGACCAGUCAUACCGAGGUAGAGGGAGAGGAGGACGUAGUGGCAGUUAUCAAGGUUCAGUAAAUCAAAUGAAUAAAAUAGGACAGACUGGCAAAGAAAACUUGUCAGAUGUUGCAAAUGAGGAAUGGGAAACUGCUUCAGAAAGUAGUGAUGUGGCUGAACGUCGUGAUAGACGAGAUGACAAGGAUGAACCAAGGAAAAAAGACUCUAAAGAUAAAACAUCAUCAGCAUCCAGGAAAAGCUUUUCUAGCCAGCGUCCUGUUAAUGAAAGCAACCAAGGGCGUCGUGUGAAUAAUGAAUCCCGACGGGGUGGUGGUGGUGGUGGUCCAAAUAGCAGUGAUCGAAAUCGCCAGAGGGAUAAUUUUCCACGAGAGACUCGUACAAGAGAUUCUGGGCGAGGCAGACAAAAUAACUAUGGUAAUGGUAGUGACAGGAGAGUGAUAACUAAUAACACUAAUUCUCAUCCUUCCAGUAGUGCUGGUCACCCUGGUAGUGUUGGUGGAAGAAGUAGCGGGAGGAGUGGUAAUCCAUCUUCUAAGGCCGGUCCUUUUCAGCCCAAAAGUGAAGGAACUGCUGUAUAUAGAGUAGAUGAAAUUAAACUACAAGAUCCAAAUGGAGUGCAGGCAGCUUUAACUGAUCUCACUAACAGAAGGAAUAUGAAGGCAGAAGUUGCAGUAUCCAAAGUUUCCAAGAGUGAAAAGGAUAAGUCCAGUAGUUUAGAAGGCUAUGACUUAAAUAAUUAUGCAAGCGUUGUUAUAAUUGAUGACCAUCCUGAAGUAGGAGAUGAUUCUAAUUUAUUAUGUGGCACUGAUGAUGGUUUCCAAGAAGUAACAUCCAAAAAACGGCAUAAAGUGAUGAUAGAAAAUGAAGUUAAAAAAAUGAAGAAAGAGCCACAUGCUCGUAAUAAAAGUGGUUCUCGCUCUCGACAAAGGCUUCCUCCAAGAUUUGCAAAACAGAGAGAAAAUCUUGUAAAGUCUGCUUCUGCAGCACAAGGAAUAACUUGGGAUGUGAAUACGGACAUGUCAUCAAAGACAUCCACUGCUAAUACAAAAGAUGCUUCACCAGCACCUCCACCAUCUGUAAAUGCAUGGGAAAAACCAAUAAAUCAUUCCUUACGAUCUCAGUCUCCAAUUGUCACUUCUAUCACUCCUGCUUCUAGUAGUGCAAGUACAAUUACUAGCUCUGGUACUUCAGUUGUGUCGUCAGAUGUUCAAAUUCUUGCAAGUACAUCAAAAUCAAGUAGUUUUGAUCGAAGUGAUCAGCAUGAUAGUGGUAUUGAUGUAAGUGAUCAGCCUGCAUCAGCUGCAUCUUCCCAGCGUUCUUCACCAAGCAAUGAUUGUAAAAUACUUACUCCGACGGGUUCUGGGAAGAGUAAUGCUGGAGAAGUAUCAGAUUUGGUGACUGAAAUUGACACAUGCACACCCAUGUGUACUGUGGUAUUUGAAAAUAAGAAUUUCAAAGCUGAAAAUGCUGUUCUUGAUAAAUUUGGUGGCCAAACUAAAAGUCAGUCAGUUAAGGAUAUAACUAAUACAAACUCUGAAAAUAUGGCUUCCGUUGGAGGUAAUUUGUCAAAAUCAAAAGAAGCAUCUCCAGAUCCUGAUGAAAAAUCUCGCCUAUCUGUACCCUUUCCAGCAAAAGAAUCAUUUGCAAAGAAUGAGGAAGGAACAGAGAUGAAACUGGAUUUUAAUUUUCAGUCUGGAUUGGAGCAACUUACAGAUGAGAAAGCCUCUAGAAAUUCAAAUGGCAAUUCUCACCUGCCUAAUAAAACAAUGAAUAUUGGGCGAUCUAUGGAAGUAUCAGCUGGAACACCAGUUGGAGUGCAGUCUCCAAUUUCACCUUCUGCUGAUGAUUUGAAUUUAAAAAUACAGUCUGUUAAAAAAGUGUGGGAAAAUGACCCUCCUCUCCCAACAGUGAUGGAACAUCCACAAACAGCAUCUGAAGAAAAUACUUGUCCUACAUCAUAUGGAUCAUUUUCAAGUGGUUCAGAUCCAUCUGCUGGUGUAUAUAAUACUUCUGUUGAUACAAGUUCUCAGACAAGAAAAGAUGCAGUCGAAUCUGCAGAGAUUUCAUUCAGGGAAAGUUCACCUUUGCAGCAAUCAUGUGCAAACUCAGGACUGCCAAAAAAUAUCGAUCAUAAUGUUUCUUCUGUAAAGUCCCAUAUUCAGCUUGCACAACAUAAUGCUAUGGCAGGACCUCAUUGUGCUGGGCCUCUUAGUCCUCCCUUAAUGGGUGGAUUGGAAACUAUGACUGGUAUACGAACCAUUGCAGGACUGGCUAGUUCAGUUCAAGUAGCUGGAAUACCAGCAAUUCCAAGUCCACCAACAGUACUCUUUAACUCUUCUCAGCCGAUGCCACAGACUGGUAUGUAUCAGCCUCUUCAAAUGGAUAGUCGUCAGACACCUGCUGCAGCUGUUGCAGCAGCAAUGGUGCAGUUUUCACAAUCACCUCAUGGUUAUGCUCCAUUAGGCACAUAUGGUCUAUCUCACCAACCACCUCCUAAUCCUCAGUUGUCCAAUGCAUAUGGUCAGCAAUCACUCUUUGUCCAACCUCCUGCCACUCACCAGGGUCAAGAUAUAUAUUCAUCAAAUCAGUAUCGGGUACAACCACCAUAUCCCCAAAGUCAGCAUAUUUCUUCUAAUCAGGUUUUGGGUGCUCAGCAGAACAUUGCAAGUUCUCACCUUUUGGGUUCUCAGCUUGUUCAGACUAGACCUACUGCCGGUCCUUCUCCUGCUGCUCCUCAUCUGCAAAAUCUUCAUGGAUUACAAGCGGUUCAACCAGCACCACAAACAUCUUACUUUUCAACAUCUGCACAGCCUCAAACUGCUAAUUAUUAUCAUCAGCCUCCUGCAACUCCUGGCUCACCUAUGCAACAACAACCUCAAUAUCCAUCGCAUCAAAGUUAUGGAUCGCAAUCAGCUUUAAAUGUGCUCCCACAGACUGCUACAGUUACACCAAACUUCCGUAAUUUUGGAAGUCAUCAAUAUAAAGCUCCUAAUAGUGUAAUGAACAAUAUUGUGCCUGAAGCUGCCUCUCUGAGAUCAACAACUAGAUCUCCCACUAUAGAUGUUGCAACUAAUAGGAACAUGUUUGGUGUCAGCACUGCUGGUUCAACUACAAUGAAUACUACUCCUGUUGCUGCAGUUCCUCCCAUGUCCAGUUCUGCUGUGGGCAAGAUAGGUCAACCACAAGGAACUGCAUUGCCCACUAACCGAAUCAAUUCUGCACCUGGAAAAACUUCCCAAUAUUCUUUGCCUCAAUCUCAGCAACCCUAUUAUCCUUUUGGGCAGCAGAAAUUCAGCCAUGUGCAAUCAAGCACGGUUAGAGCACCACAAGUUUUGUUUCCUAAUGUGGUACGAAAUUCCCAUCAUCAGCAACUGCCUGCUGUUGCUGCUGCUGCUUCCAAUUUGCAUUAUCCUCCUCCUAUUCAAAGACCAGGACCUGCUGUGGCUCAAGCUGCCUCUCAACCACCUCCCAAAAUGGCAAUCAGACCACAAGGCAGUGUUCUGGUUCCAGGUGGUAAACUGACAUCUGCACAACAAGCUAAACUAAGGGCUGAAGCAGUUCAACAAACCCAUAUGUUUUUUGCUCAGUCUAAAACUGGGAAACAUGAAGAAAAUGUGCCCAGCAUUCUUUCACAAGAGAAGAGCAACAUGCAAGGUAGCUCUGUACAAAAAUUAUCAAUGGCUAAUACAGGCUCAGAAGAGGAAAAAGAAAAGCAGUGUGUAUCUUCUGCAAGUGACACUUCUGUGUCUAAUGAAGGCAAGGAUACUAAUGAUGGAGGAGACUUACCUGCUAGUGAAGAAUGAACUAACAGAAUAUAAUACUCUGGUUUGAGAUUUUUGGCCUGUUAAGGGCUUUAACAAAAAUAAAAGAUGUUAUGCUCACAGAUAUUGGUGUAGCUAUUGCAUCUUAAAUGAGGGUUUGUCAUUCAGAUUUAACUAUCACAACAUUGCAUGUAAUGUUCUGCAAACUACGCCAACAAGCUUUGAAAAUUGACACUUUUUCUGUAUUUAUCUUUCCGUAUACAAAAGGGACUUUCAAGUUAUUCUAACUGUGGCAUAUCUAGUAACCCAUUUAUCUGCAAAGAACUGAUAGCAUCUCAGAGUUGGUAGUUAGUAUUUUGUUGGACUGUUCAAUUUUCUAUAUAAAAAGAUACCUUUAAGUUUUCACUACUAUAAAUUGUAAGUAAUGAAUGUUUUGUAUGCGUGUGUUGGACUAUGGGUAUGGCUAAUAGGUUUAUUUUAAAAAAAAGAAUUAGAAAGCUGAUGGGGAGUUUGUCCUCUGUAUGUUAUAAGUUUCUGGCCAGUUAGCCAGUGCGGGGAUGUAUUAUUUUGAUGUUAGAUGGGAUAUUGAAGUUAAAAAGUGUAUCUGUAUAUUAUGAGUGCAAGAGUGUAAUAAGUAAUUUUAAAAUAUGGUAUGUGAAGUGGCCGGGCUAAUUUUUGCUUGAAAUACUUACCUUCUUAAGUAACUUUGCUUUUGGCACAAGUGAUUCAUGGAUGUCAGACAUAAAAGGUACCAAAGUGAAAUCUCAAGAAGUGGACCAAAAUGGCGAACAAAAGUACAAUCUUUACUGCAAGUGUUUGAGAUGCUUUUGCUUCUAUUAAUUUCUCUCCCCCCCCAUGUGUGUGUUGUGAUUUAUUCUCCGUGUAGCAAUUCCAUGCAUACUUGUGAGUCGAAUGCAGUAAUGCCGGGAACUUUUCUCUUCCUUUAGGUGAUCUGGCAUGCCAGUUCUCACAACAGUGGAGAAAUAACAUUUUUAGUUUACACUGUUAUUUAAUUCUUGUAUGUAUUGUGGGAAGUGAUGCACACUGAUGCCUGUAUGUAAAAUGAAUGACUUCAUGAGGAGCUCUUAUUUAUCUUUGCUUACUACUAAAAUAAAGCUCUGAGCCAUAUACUCUCAGGCAGAGGUGCCCGAAAUUUUUUAUUGGGAGUUGUUAAGGCUGCUUUGACAAAAUAUUCAUUCACUUCCUGUAUCUCAAGUAUAAAGUGGAGCACAGCCAAUUUGUGACAGUGCUUUAAUGCAGUGGUACUGUUAAGAAUCAUGAACUGUGUAAAGCAAUCUUUAUCAGAUUUCAUUCAUGUAUACAUACCACAUUGUGUGAGACACUGCCGGCCAAGUAAUUCUGUGGGGUUUAGUUAGAUUCAUUUUCCUUUUAAUCAUUCUACAGUUGCAUGCUUUUAAUGUUGACUGUAAUGUGCAUUAUGCACCUAUGAACCUUCAGAGGUGUAUGGUGAAUAAUUUUUCGAAAUAAAGAUCAAACAUUUGCUUUCCCCCAUCAGAAGACUGUUGUAUGUAGUUGACUUUUGCUGCAAUAAAGCACUGUAAAGUAUGUAAAUUUUGCGUGUAAUUUUUGCCUUGAACAUUAACACUUCCACUUGUAACUGCUUUGUUUUUUUUACACACAUUUUAAUUUCACAUGCCAUGUAGAAAUAUAUAUAUGGAUAUCUUUACGUUCAAUUGGGAUUUAAGGUCAGCAGUAAGUUUCAGAUAUAAUAAUCUGUAUGAUUUUUUUCAUUCAUUAUUCAGAAAACAAUGCAAAUAGUUCCAGGGUGAUUUCAACUAAAAAAAACUGAGAAUGAAUUUUAAAAUAAUAAGAUUUUGCUACCAAGAUAUUAGACUUCAGUAAAAAUUUAUUUCAUGCAUGCAUAAAUUCAUGCAAAAAUUGGAAGACUACCACAUUUUACAUUUAUUUGUUAGAAAUUUAUUUUUUAAAAUUCACUGUUUACUUUAAAAUUAUAUAUAUUAACUAUGUGAUGAUUUUGUAAACUGGCAAAGUAUGUAACAUGUAAAUACGUUUUUUGUUUUAAUAAAAAAAGGCUUGUCUAAAA